CUAUGGGAAGGAGGUUGACAUCACGCGCCAAUCGGCAUGGCUUUUAGAGAAAGAGGCUCCCUUUUUGAAUUGGUUGUGGCUGACACCCGCGAGGAAUGGCGGUACCAGUAAGGGGGAUCAGUGCUUGAACAGGUGGACUUCCGAGGCGUUUUUUGAGAGUGCCAACGUAGAAGAGUACUAACAAUGGCUGACAGUAGUGUAUUAACAUCUACUACUGGGAGGACAAGCUUGGCAGACUCCUCUAUUUUUGAUUCUAAAGUUACUGAAAUUUCUAAGGAAAAUGUAGUUAUUCGAUCUGCUUCAUAUGUUGAAGAAGAAAUGCCUCAAAUUGAAACGAGACUGAUAUUGGUUCAGGAAGCUGGAAAACAAGAAGAACUUAUAAAAGCUUUAAAGACUAUUAAAAUAAUGGAAGUCCCUGUUAUAAAGAUAAGAGAAAGUUGUCCUGGAAAGUCGGAUGAAAAAUUAAUAAAAAGUGUUGUUAAUAUGGAAAUUAAAGUGCCCUUUGUAAAGAUGGAAUCACUGGAAGAAUUUGAAAGUUUGGAUUCUCCAGAAUUUGAAAAUGUAUUCAUAGUCAUGAACUUCCAGGAUUCUGUUUUUAAUGAGUUACACAAGACUGAUUAUAGAAUUAUUGGACCACCAGUUAUCUUAAACUGUGCCCAAAAAGGAGAGCCUUUGCCUUUUUCAUGUCGUCCACUCUAUUGUACAAGCAUGAUGAAUCUAGUACUAUGCUUUACUGGAUUUAGGAAAAAAGAAGAACUAGUCAGAUUGGUGACAUUGGUUCAUCACAUGGGUGGAGUUAUUCGAAAAGACUUUAAUUCAAAAGUUACACAUUUGGUGGCAAAUUGUACACAAGGAGAAAAAUUCAGGAUUGCUGUGAGCCUGGGCACUCCAAUUAUGAAGUCAGAAUGGAUUUAUAAAGCUUGGGAAAGGCGGAAUGAACAGGAUUUCUGUGCAUCAGUUGAUGACUUCAGAAAUGAAUUUAAAGUUCCUCCAUUUCAAGAUUGCAUUUUAAGUUUCUUGGGAUUUUCGGAUGAAGAAAAAACCAAUAUGGAAGAAAUGACUAAAAUGCAAGGAGGUAACUAUUUACCCAUUGGAGAUGAAAGAUGCACUCACCUUGUAGUUGAAGAGAAUGUAGUAAAAGAACUUCCAUUUGAACCUUCGAAGAAACUUUAUGUUGUCAAGCAGGAGUGGUUCUGGGGAAGCAUUCAAAUGGAUGCCCGAGCUGGAGAAACUAUGUAUUUAUAUGAAAAGGCUAAUACUCCUGAGCUCAAGAAAUCAGUGUCACUGCUUUCUCUAAAUACCCCAAACAGCAAUCGCAAAAGACGUCGUUUAAAAGAGACACUUGCUCAGCUUUCAAGAGAGACAGACAUGUCACCUUUUCCUCCCCGUAAGCGCCCAUCAGCUGAACAUUCCCUUUCUAUAGGGUCACUCCUAGAUAUCUCCAACACACCAGAGUCUAGCAUUAACUAUGGAGAAACACCAAAGUCUUGUACUAAGUCUUCUAAAAAUUCUACUCCGGUUCCUUCGAAGCAGUCAGCCAGGUGGCAAGUUGCAAAAGAACUUUAUCAAACUGAAAGUAAUUAUGUAAAUAUAUUGGCCACAAUUAUUCAGUUAUUUCAAGUACCAUUGGAAGAGGAAGGACAACGUGGUGGGCCUAUCCUUGCACCAGAAGAGAUUAAGACUAUUUUUGGUAGUAUCCCUGAUAUCUUUGAUGUGCACACAAAGAUAAAGGAUGAUCUUGAAGACCUUAUUGUUAAUUGGGAUGAGAGCAAAAGCAUUGGUGACAUCUUUCUUAAAUAUUCAAAAGAUUUGGUAAAAACCUACCCUCCCUUUGUAAACUUCUUUGAAAUGAGCAAGGAAACAAUUGUUAAAUGUGAAAAACAGAAACCAAGAUUUCAUGCUUUUCUGAAGAUAAACCAAGCUAAACCAGAAUGUGGACGGCAAAGCCUUGUUGAACUUCUCAUUCGACCGGUACAGAGGUUACCCAGUGUUGCGUUACUUUUAAAUGAUCUUAAGAAGCAUACAGCUGAAGAAAAUCCUGACAAAAGCACUCUAGAAAAAGCUAUUGGAUCACUAAAGGAAGUAAUGACCCAUAUUAAUGAAGAUAAGAGAAAAACGGAAGCCCAAAAGCAAAUUUUUGAUGUUGUUUAUGAAGUAGAUGGAUGCCCAGCUAAUCUUUUGUCUUCUCACCGAAGCUUAGUCCAACGAGUUGAAACAGUUUCUCUAGGUGAACACCCCUGUGACAGAGGAGAGCAAGUAACUCUCUUUCUCUUCAAUGACUGCCUGGAGAUAGCAAGAAAACGACACAAGGUUAUUGGCACUUUUAGGAGUCCUCCUGGCCAUACCCGACCCCCAGCUUCUCUUAAGCAUAUUCAUCUAAUGCCUCUUUCUCAGAUAAAGAAGGUACUGGACAUAAGAGAAACAGAAGAUUGCCAUAAUGCUUUUGCCUUGCUUGUGAGGCCACCAACAGAGCGGGCAAAUGUGCUGCUCAGUUUCCAGAUGACAUCAGAGGAACUUCCAAAAGAAAACUGGCUGAAGAUGCUAUGUCGACAUGUAGCCAAUACCAUUUGUAAAGCAGACGCUGAGAAUCUUAUUUACAGUGCUGAUCCAGAAUCCUUUGAAGUAAAUACUAAAGAUAUGGACAGUACGUUGAGUAGAGCAUCUAGAGCAAUAAAAAAGACUUCAAAAAAGGUUACAAGAGCAUUCUCUUUCUCAAAAACUCCAAAAAGAGCUCUGCGAAGGGCCCUUAUGACAUCCCAAAGCUCAGUGGAGGGAAGAAGUCCUUCCAGCAAUGACAAGCAUGUGAUGAGUCGUCUGUCUAGCACAUCAUCAUUAGCAGGUAUCCCAUCUCCCUCUCUUGUCAGCUUGCCUUCCUUCUUUGAAAGAAGAAGUCAUACUUUAAGCAGAUCUACAACUCAUUUGAUAUGAAACUUAAAAAAUCUUAAUUUAUGGCAACUUAUAAACACUUCAUACUCAAAUAAGAAACUGACUUAAAUGGUACUUGUCAUUAGCACUUGGUGAAAGCUGGAAAGAAUAUAGGUAACACUAAAACUAUGUCAUUUGAUUUUCUUCUUAAAAGAGUAAGGUUAACCUCUUAGAUAUUUGAGUUAAUUCAUGUAAAAAAUUAUAUUGAUUUUGAUGUAAUUUUUCUCUUUGCUCAAAUCCUUCAUUCAAAGACCAAUAAUUUAAGUUAUUCAUGAUAUUAGUAGCUUUGCAACUUGAUAAUAGUAAAUAAAUUUUAUUGGUGGAUGCCAAAUACUGCUGUGAAUCUCUCUGUAUAGUGUCCAUGAAUGAAUUUUUGGAAAUGCCUAUUUGUGUAUCUCAAUUUGUGAAGAAAUUAAGUGAUAUCACAGAAUGUACUAGAUAAAACCCCUGCACAGAUUUCUGGUUAGUAGUGGGGACUUGUUUCACAUGUGCUGUUUGAAGUAGUUAUUUAGCUGCUCCUGUUGCAAUUUAUUUUAUUCUCAAAUGUUGUCAAGAUCUAGAGUGUGGAUUUUAAAAGAUUUGCCCUUAUUAACAAGAAUAAUAGUUAAAGGAGAUGGUUCCAAAAUAUUUUUGCAGAUUGAGAUAAGAACAAAGAUUAAAAAAUAAUGUGUAUUUUGACAAACAUGGUAUUGGUGUAUACUUGUAACUUUUUCAGGGGCCAUAUAUUUUGGGUGAUUUUAGCCACUAGCAAAUCUUCAUUUAGUUUGAUAGUGUGAGGAAUUUUAUUUUGAAGGGUAAGACCAUGGGGAAAUUGUGGUAUAGACUGUUACACUCUUUAUGAAAUACUUCUAAAAUUGGCAUCAGUUUUACUAAUCUGCUAUAAAAUACAUAGAUAUGUGUAUGGUCUACCUUUUAUUUUGGUCCCAUAAUUAAAUGUAAAAUCAAAAUACAUUUAUUUGCUAUUGUAAAAUAUCUUUCAAACCCUGAUGUUAAUUUUCACAAUAAGUUUUUUUUUAUAGUCAGUGAUACAAAAUAAUCAAGUUUCUAUGAACAAAUGAAUUUUUAUUUCCUAUCUGUGUAGGGAGUACUGCAAACAUUUAACUGUCAUUUAACAAUUUUCAGUCAUCUGCUUUAAUACUUUAACUGACUAUAUAGAUUUUUUCUAUGCCACAUAUUUGCCAUUUUUAAAUAGUAAAUCACUCUUUAUUGAUAUAUUUUAAAAGCAGUUGUAUUAGUAAGAACUUUGUAAAUAAAUACUUAAAACUCAA